CGCCACAGGGCCCUCUUCCCCCUGGACGGGGCCGCAGGCGCCCCCCGGGGCGGCCGGGGCCAGGCCAAGGCCAUCAGCGACAUGGCGCUCAGCUUCCUGGACAUGGUGAGCCAUUUCGACGACGACUUCUCCCACCGCCUCCACCUCUGCGACAUCAAGCCCGAAAACUUUGCCAUCAGGAGUGACUUCACGGUGGUGGCCAUCGACGUGGACAUGGCCUUUUUUGAACCCAAAAUGAGGGAAAUUCUUGAGCAGAAUUGCACGGGGGAUGAGGACUGCAAUUUCUUUGACUGUUUUUCAAAGUGUGAUCUGCGAGCCCAUAAGUGUGGAGCAGAAAGAGUCAACAGCAACCUGCAGGUCGUCUGUGACAAGAUAUUCCGCCACUGGUUCUCCUCCAGUCUCAGGACCUCUGCCGUCUCCGUCCCGCUUCAGCUACAAUUGCGGGACGCGGUCCAGGAAUGCGCAGACCCUCGGGGCACCUCCGGCAGCGCCCCGGGAGCCGCCCCUGACGUGUUCUGGAAGCUUCAGCGCCUCCUUCAAGCCACACAGAGGGAACUGCAGGAGGCAGAGAAGUAGCCACGCCCGUGGCCUUGGGUCCCUUCCCUCUAUGUUGGUUCAAGCAUGGGACGUUUCCUCUAUGCAAAUGAGUGCACGCGCAGGUGUCGCUGUGGUCCUUCUGAAAUGUGAAAUCGCUGAUGCCCUUCCCACCGCACGCCAGCUGCCCUCAUGUGCGUCCUUCUGUCCCAUCCUGGCUUGAUUCGCUCCUGAUGGAGGCCACCGCGCUGGCCUCUGACCUGCCACCCUUUAAAAGUGACACGAGGGAGGCAGGUACAGCGGUUUCCUCCUGGGGGCCUCUUCGUCGGGAAGCAGCACAAAUCCCACUCUGAGGAUCGUGCUUGUGCUCACCUGAGAGCCAGGGCUUCCAGCUGUCCUGCCUGCACACGUGCCCGCAUUUAAAAAAGUGCACGUGCGUGCACACGAGCCCGUGUGCAUGUUCACACGGGAGUGCUCGCGUGAGUGUGCGCACGCGUGCGUGAGGACGUGCCUGCCUGAACGAGCGUGAGCAGGGAGCGCGGGAGGCUCCGGGGCAGGGGAAGGGGUGUCCCCUCUGGGACAAGAGGGCUGCCUUUGUUUUGGAAUAAAAUACAAUCAAAACAGAAGUUGCAUCUGUAACGCAAACGUAAUCCAUC